AUGGAUUCCGCGAGAAGUUGGUUCCAGAAGUUCCAGCCGCGGGACAAGUCCAAGAGCCCGGCGGUGCCUGCCAGCCAUGGGAAGGAUCCCGGGAAGCCCCCGGUCGACGACGCGCCUUCUAGCGCGACCAAGCAGAAGGUCGCCGCGGCAAAACAGUACAUUGAGAACCACUACAAGACUCAGAUGAAGUCCUUGCAAGAUAGGAAAGAGAGGCGCUGGAUGCUGGAGAGGAAAUUACAGGAUGCUGAAGUUCCUGCAGAAGAGCAGAACAACAUUCUAAAACAUUUGGAGAAAAAGGAGACUGAAUAUAUGCGUUUGCAAAGACACAAGAUGGGGGUUGAAGAUUUUGAACUUUUGACAAUUAUUGGAAGAGGUGCAUUUGGAGAGGUGCGUCUUUGUAGAGAAAAGACCUCUAAAAGCGUAUAUGCAAUGAAAAAGCUUAAGAAAUCUGAAAUGCUUCGUAGGGGCCAGGUGGAACACGUCAAAGCCGAAAGAAACCUUCUUGCAGAAGUCGAUAGUGCGUACAUAGUAAAGCUUUACUAUUCUUUUCAAGAUGAUGAGUUCUUGUAUCUCAUCAUGGAGUACCUUCCUGGUGGUGACAUGAUGACUUUGCUCAUGCGCAAGGACACUCUGACAGAAGAUGAAGCAAAAUUUUACAUCGCAGAAACUGUACUAGCAAUAGAGUCCAUUCACAAGCACAAUUACAUUCACAGGGAUAUCAAGCCAGAUAAUUUAUUGUUAGAUCUCAGUGGUCACUUGAAGCUUUCUGACUUUGGAUUGUGCAAACCUUUGGAUAGCAGUAAUUUUCCAAAUUUGAAUGAACCGGAUUAUACACCUGGAAAAGGUGCUAAACCUUUACCCGAUAACACCAGUCGAUUAACUAACUCUUCUGCACCGAAGCGUACGCAGCAGGAGCAGCUGUCACAUUGGCAAAAGAACCGUCGGAUGUUGGCGUAUUCUACAGUUGGUACUCCUGAUUACAUUGCUCCAGAGGUUCUAUUGAAGAAAGGAUAUGGAAUGGAGUGUGACUGGUGGUCCCUUGGUGCUAUCAUGUAUGAAAUGCUAGUUGGUUAUCCCCCAUUUUAUUCGGAGGAUCCAAUGUCAACCUGCAGAAAGAUUGUGAACUGGAGAAGUCACCUGAAAUUUCCUGAAGAGGCAAAGCUUUCUUCUGAAACUAAGGAUCUCAUUAGCAAACUUCUCUGUAAUGUUGAGCAGAGACUUGGAACAAAAGGAGCCCAUGAAAUAAAAGCACAUACAUGGUUUAGAGGUGUCCAAUGGGAAAAGUUGUAUCAGAUGAAAGCUGCUUUCAUACCAGAAGUUAAUGGCGAGUUGGAUACUCAGAACUUUGAGAAAUUUGAGGAGACUGGAGCACAAGUUCAGAGUUCAUCUAAGGCGGGUCCAUGGAGAAAGAUGCUUCCAUCCAAGGAUGCAAAUUUUGUUGGGUACACGUACAAGAACUUUGAAAUUGUGAAUGACGAUGAAGUUGCCGGGAUUGCCGAGCUGAAGAAAAAGAGCUCCAAAUCAAAACGGCCAACCAUCAAGACAUUGUUUGAGAGCAUGGAUGAAGAUGAACCUGUGCACGGCAGUUUCUUAAAUAUGUUGCCCCAUAAGGAGGGACAACCUUCUUCUCACUCAAGCGCCCCACCAGAACAAUACCAACCUCGACGUAAAUAG